AUUCGGCUGUUCUCUUACAUCCAUAACUAUGCGGCAGUCCGUCGCUCCCAAUCGUUUUUCUCAGACAAACUCUGCUGCAGCAACUGCCAAACUCCUCGAGAAAAAGAAAGAGUUCGAUGCAGUCCAUGCUCUUACUCGAGCCAGCGCAUUAUAUCUUGAACGCAUAGAGGGAUUAUCGACGGAUUUUGACACCAUGGCGGAUGCGGGACAGGUAUUCGGUGAGGUCCUGGUGCAAUGGCCCAAAAUGUUCCAAAUAUUGAAUCUUUUCCUGGCGUCUCGCGCGGAGAAAGGCAACGAGCAAGCUCAAAGCAGCAGCAAUAGCAAGGAAAUGCUAGUUCGGAUACCCAUUGAAGAAUUACAACAAAUGGAAUCAACAGAGAAAGGAUAUACAUCCGCAUAAAGACGAGUGUAAAGAUCACGACUUGUUCGCGUUCUUUUUCUGCUCCUUCAGCAUAGCAAUGCGCUGGAAACUCAUCGUUAGGAAAUGCGACAGUGAUGCGA